UUUAACUAUAUGUUGCACAAAUCAAUUUUUGCGAAAAUAAAUCUUUUAUUCAGUGAUUCUAAGUGGCCGCAACGUUCUUAAUAAGUUGAUAAUUUGUUUUCGUUUCUAAAAUGGAUAAAAAGGCGUCGAGUGACGACGAUUUGAUUAAAUUUGUUAACCUUGUUGAGGAACAUAAAAUCAUCCUCUCUAAAUCCCAAUUUCUCGCCAUAAAGAGUCAGAAACGAUUGGCUAUUGCCGAAAUGAUAUCCAAGUGGGCUGAAAUCAGUGGUCAAAACUUGACCGAGCAAACGCUGCUGAAAAAAUUGCACAACAUGAAAGCACGAGCAAAUGUUGCAGCUGACAAAAAUGUCUUAACCGACUGGCAAGUUAAGCUACGGGAACUAAUUGCUGGUAGUGACGCGCCCAAAAAUGUGCCGGACAAGUCGAUAAACUCUCGGUCGAACGACGAAUGCCGGUCUACAUUGAAGAAGAACUUGGUUUCCUGUGACGUUGGGCCAAGAAAACGAACGGCAGAAGAUGUGUUAAAUGAGUGGGAAACAGAAGACACGAAGUGUUUAAGUGACGAGGAACUGCAACGCUACGUGUUACUUAAGCAUUUGAAGCUCGUGAAUCUUAAAAUAGAGCAACACGAAACAGCACCUGUUGCAGUUGAAAUAAUUGAAUUGACGAAUGAAGAAGAAAUGUAAACGAAAGUAAUUCUAUAUUACAUUUAACAAUGCUCU